AUGGGUGUCCAAGACCUAGAAGCUGAAGACCAGAAGUAUCUGGAUGAGGUCAAUGCAGUUAGAAAAUGGUGGAAUGAUUCGCGAUGGAGAUACACCAAGCGCCCCUUCACGGCUGAGCAGAUUGUCGCAAAGCGUGGAACGCUGAAGAUUGAGUAUCCGUCGAACACCCAGGCGAAGAAGCUCUGGAAACUGGUCGAGAACAGGUUCAAGACACAAACUGCUAGUUACACGUAUGGUUGUCUCGAACCAACAAUGCUUACACAGAUGAUCAAGUAUCUCGACACUAUCUAUGUUUCGGGUUGGCAAAGCUCAUCGACCGCGUCUUCGACCGAUGAACCCUCUCCUGAUCUUGCAGAUUAUCCUAUGAAUACCGUCCCAAACAAGGUCAAUCAAUUGUUCUUAGCUCAACUUUUCCAUGACCGAAAACAGCGAGAGGAGCGUAUAACAACUCCGCGAGAAAAGCGCGACAAAGUCCAAAACUUCGAUUACCUCCGGCCCAUUAUCGCUGAUGCCGACACCGGCCAUGGUGGUCUCACUGCCGUCAUGAAGCUUACCAAGCUUUUUGUUGAACGCGGUGCUGCCGGUAUACAUAUUGAAGAUCAAGCUCCAGGUACAAAGAAGUGCGGACACAUGGCUGGCAAGGUGCUGGUCCCGAUCAGCGAACAUAUCAACCGUCUGGUUGCUAUCCGCGCGCAGGCUGACAUUAUGGGUGUUGACCUUCUUGCCAUCGCGCGAACCGACUCUGAGGCUGCCACUCUCAUAACCUCCACCAUUGACUACCGUGACCACGCUUACCUGAUUGGGUCUACCAACCCCAACCUACAGCCCCUUAAUGAUUUGAUGGUUGGUGCAGAGCAGGCUGGUAAGGCUGGUGAUCAACUUCAGGCCAUCGAAGACCAAUGGAUUGCUCAAGCUGGUCUGAAGAAAUUCGAUGAUGCCGUCAUUGAUACGAUUAACGCAGGCUCUUUUUCCAACAAGAAAGAGCGUAUUGAUCAAUACUUAAAGGCUACCAAGGGUAAGAGCAACAGCGAAGCCCGCGCCACCGCAAAGGGAAUUACUGGAGUGGAUAUCUACUGGGACUGGGAUGCUCCUCGAACACGAGAGGGCUUCUAUAGGUACCAAGGCGGUACUCAAUGUGCUGUCAACCGUGCAGUUGCAUACGCGCCUUUUGCCGACUUGAUUUGGAUGGAAAGCAAGCUUCCAGACUACAAUCAAGCAAAGGAAUUUGCUGACGGUGUGCAUGCAGUAUGGCCUGAACAAAAGCUGGCCUAUAAUCUGUCACCAUCAUUCAACUGGAAGGCAGCCAUGUCCCAAGACGACCAAGUUACCUACAUUGAACGCCUCGGCAAGCUCGGAUACUGCUGGCAAUUCAUCACGCUGGCCGGAUUGCAUAGCACAGCUCUGAUAACAGACCAAUUUGCCUCGGCGUAUGCCAAACAGGGAAUGCGUGCAUACGGAGAACUCGUGCAAGAGCCCGAGAUGGAGCGCCAGAUUGAUAUCGUCACUCAUCAGAAAUGGAGUGGUGCAAACCUCAUCGACCACAGCCUUGCUAUGGUGACUGGAGGCAUUAGCAGUACUGCUGCAAUGGGCAAAGGUGUUACAGAAGAUCAAUUCAAGGGCCAUUAA